AUGGACUUCUUCGCGCCCCCGAUAUUAUUAAGACACAGGUCUCGCGGGAUUUAUUACCAAGAAGAAGACGAAGAAGAAGAGAUAGACGAAAACGAAGCGAGAGACGAAGAAGAAGAGAUAGACAAAGAGGAGACAGACGAAGACGAAGAGACAGACGAAGAAGAAGACGAAGAAGAAGAGAUAUACGAAGAAGAAGAGACAGACAAAGAAGAAGACGAAGAAGAAGAGAAAGACGAAGACGAAGAGACAGACGAAGAAGAAGAGAUAGACAAAGAAGAAGACGAAGAAGAAGAGACAGACGAAGACGAAGCGAGAGACGAAGAAGAAGACGAAGAAGAAGAGACAGACGAAGACGAAGAGACAGACGAAGACGAAGCGAGAGACGAAGACGAAGCGAGAGACGAAGAAGAAGAGACAGACGAAGACGAAGCGAGAGACGAAGAAGAAGACGAAGAAGAAGAGAUAGACGAAGAAGAAGAGACAGACGAAGACGAAGAGACAGACGAAGACGAAGAGACAGACGAAGACGAAGCGAGAGACGAAGACGAAUUCUCGCAGAACAAGACAAGAUGUUUUUACGAGACGGCCAAUUUCUCAGUUCUCACAGAACAAGACAAGAUGUUUUUACGAGACGGCCAAUUUCUCAGUUCUCACAGAACAGAACAAGAUGUUUUUACGAGACGGCCAGUUUCUCAGUUCUCACAGAACAAGACAAGACGUUUUUACGAGACGGCCAAUUUCUCAGUUCUCACAGAACAAGACAAGAUGUUUUUACGAGGCGGCCAGUUUCUCAGUUCUCACAGAACAAGACAAGGCGUUUUUACGAGACGGCCAAUUUCUCACUUGUCAGUUCUCACAGAACAAGACAAGAUGUUUUUUACGAGACGGCUAAUUUCUCAGUUCACACAGAACAGAACAAGAUGUUUUUACGAGACGGCCAGUUUCUCAGUUCUCACAGAACAAGACAAGAUGUUUUUACGAGACGGCCAAUUUCUCAGUUCUCACAGAACAAGAGAAGAGGUCUUUAGAGACAUUUCUCAGACAAGAUGGGUUUUUUUUUACGAGACUGGCAAUUGCUCAGUGAGAAGAUGUUUUUACGAGGCGGCCAGUUUCUCAGUUCUCACAGAACAAGACAAGACGUUUUUACGAGACGGCCAAUUGCUCAGUUCUCACAGAACAAGACAAGAUGCUUUUACGAGACGGCCAAUUUCUCACUUGUCAGUUCUCACAGAACAAGACAAGAUGUUUUUACGAGGCGGCCAGUUUCUCUCACAGAACAAGACAAGAUGUUUUUACGAGGCGGCCAGUUUCUCAGUUCUCACAGAACAAGACAAGACGUUUUUACGAGACGGCCAAUUUCUCAGUUCUCACAGAACAAGACAAGAUGUUUUUACGAGGCGGCCAGUUUCUCAGUUCUCACAGAACAAGACAAGGCGUUUUUACGAGACGGCCAAUUUCUCACUUGUCAGUUCUCACAGAACAAGACAAGAUGUUUUUUACGAGACGGCUAAUUUCUCAGUUCUCACAGAACAGAACAAGAUGUUUUUACGAGACGGCCAGUUUCUCAGUUCUCACAGAACAAGACAAGAUGUUUUUACGAGACGGCCAAUUUCUCAGUUCUCGCAGAACAAGACAAGAUGGGUUUUUUUUUACGAGACUGGCAAUUGCUCAGUGAGAAGAUGUUUUUACGAGGCGGCCAGUUUCUCAGUUCUCACAGAACAAGACAAGACGUUUUUACGAGACGGCCAAUUGCUCAGUUCUCACAGAACAAGACAAGAUGCUUUUACGAGACGGCCAAUUUCUCACUUGUCAGUUCUCACAGAACAAGACAAGAUGUUUUUACGAGGCGGCCAGUUUCUCAAUUCUCAGUUCUCACAGAACAAGACAAGACGUUUUUUACGAGACUGGCAGUUUAUCAAUUCUCGCAGAAUAGGACAAUAUGAUUUUAUAAGAGCGCCACUCCACGGGGACUCCCGGCACCUGAUUGAUUGGUGCAUAAGAAUGUCAUUCUAUUCCGCUUUACGCCCCAUCUCCCUAAUGAGAGCACCGGCCAACAAGCCACAAGGUUACAACAGUGAAUCACGAUUGGAAAUGGACGUCAGUUACACUCUGGUGGAGGAUACGUCGGCCGCUAGGCAGAUGGGAAAGAAUGGUCGCAGCGAGCGGACGUCGUCUGAUUUGAGACCCAGUCCGCACACGUCCUCUUCCAGCAGAGUCUCGACGGCUGGGCCCCACGGAUCCUUAAACCGGCUCUGUGUAUGGCGGGUAGCAAAAGUGAGAGUGAACCGACAAGGCAUUCAUCAACCGAAACAAAAAGUGAGAGUGAACCGACAAGGCAUUCAUCAACCGAAACAAAAAGUGAGAGUGAACCGACAAGGCAUUCAGCAACCGAAACAAAAAGUGAGAGUGAACCGACAAGGCAUUCAGCAACCGAAACAAAAAGUGAGAGUGAACCGACAAGGCAUUCAGCAACCGAAACAAAAAGUGAGAGUGAACCGACAAGGCAUUCACCAACCGAAACAAAAAGUGAGAGUGAACCGACAAGGCAUUCAGCAACCGAAACAAAAAGUGAGAGUGAACCGACAAGGCAUUCAGCAACCGAAACAAAAAGUGAGAGUGAACCGACAAGGCAUUCAGCAACCGAAACAAAAAGUGAGAGUGAACCGACAAGGCAUUCAGCAACCGAAACAAAAAGUGAGAGUGAACCGACAAGGCAUUCACCAACCGAAACAAAAACUGCAGCCGACCUUACCGAAUUAUUGCGAGUGUCUGCCGAGCGGGAUGUCGAGUGAAGAAGAGAAAUUCAUUUUGACAAAAUUCAAAGAGAUGUUUCCCGCUCGUAGGACUCUCCGGUGA